AUACAUUUGAAGAUUGAAAAUGUCUGAUGAUUAAGAUAAACAAUAAGAAGAUGAUUGUAUGAAUUAAUAUUGUCAAAAUGAUUCACCAUAAGUUUGGCCAGCUAAAUUCAGCAAUUCAACUCUAUUAUUCUGUUAGGAAUGUUUAAAUUUAUAUAAUGAAAAAAGGUGCUGUUAUUUUUGUGCAUAAGUAUAAUUUUACAUUCAAAUAAUAAGGUAUACUCUGAUGAUAAUUAAAAUUUUUUGGAUGGGUAAAAAUGGAUUGGUUGUGAUUGUGAAGGUUGCGAAAAAUGGGUAUUAAAUUUAUUUAUAGUAGUUUAGACUCAUUUAUAAUGUGAAUAAAAAAAUGGAAUUUCUGAAAUUGAUAUCUUCAUAGAAGAUACUAAAUAUAAAUAUAUUUGUCCUUGGUGCAGAAUCGAAGAUUAAAGGUAAAGAUUUUCAAAAGGUCCUUAUCGAAUUAUGAACAAAAAAACAUUAAAAUUUUUAGAUAAGUUAAAUCGAAGACAAUCAAAUGCAAAUGAAUAAUCUUAACAUCUGAAUUAGACUAAUGGAAAUUAAUUUUAUUAUUGUCCUUCUGCAUCUAGUAAAUAAUCUUAUCUUGAAGAAUUGCUUAAGAAAAAUGGUAUGAGUUACAUAAUUCUAUCUUAGGUGGAUUUUGUUAGUAGGCUACAUAAGAGGAAAUAUAAGUAGAUCUCUAAAAAAUGAUGUCUUUAAUGAAAUAUUGA